GAGCAGAAGCUUCCACUCUGCUCGCUCAGUGAUGCUGUUGAAAGUGCGCUGUGUGGACUGAUAUGGGACAGGCAGGAUGGACACAUGCAUGAAUAUUUGGAUAGUGAUUUUUGGCACACAUGGAUGCAACUUUGCUGAACAAUCUGCAGACCUCCCUUAAUCCUGGCAUGUCCCAGAUGAGCAGCUACAGUAAUGACUGUCAUCACUUUCACUGUCUCUGUGCUGUGCCUGCUGCCUCAGGCGGUGCUAGCACGGUGGGCGUGCGUUCGAGCCUGCCCACCAUCCUGCACCUGCACGCAGGAGAAGAGCUGCAGCGUGCUCUGCGACCGCUCCGGCCUGGCUGAGCUCCCAAAAGAGUUUCCCUGCGAGGCCUCCGCCAUCAGCCUGGACAAAAACAGGCUCAAGUUCUUGUCAGAAAGGGCCUUUGGCACCCUGCCCUCCCUCAAGUCUCUCUCUCUGGACCACAACAACAUCUCCUUCAUUACCCCGGGAGCCUUCAAGGGCCUCCCAAACCUGGUGGAGCUGAAAAUGGCGCACAACGAGUACAUCAGCUACCUUCAUACACGAACUUUCACAGGGCUCAAGAAGCUGGUGCGCCUCGACUUGUCAGACUGUAACCUGUUCAGCAUCCCUGAUCGCAUCUUUAUAGAGCAAACGGCACUGAAGGAGCUGCUCUGCUUCCAAAACAACUUCAGGAGGAUCCCGGGAGCCAUCAGAGGCAUGGAAAACCUGACUCACAUCUAUCUGGAGAGAAACAAGAUAGAGGCGGUGGCCUACAACUCCCUGCUGGGCCUGGGUAGCCUCAAGUACCUGAACCUCCAGGAGAACCACAUCAACGUGAUCCAUGAGCAGGCCUUCCAGGACCUUGCACAGCUGGAGAACCUUUACCUCAAUGACAACUUGCUGUCUGAUUUGCCCCGGCUCGCCUUCAAAGGUCUCAGCCGGCUCAAGAUGCUCAACCUUGGGGGUAACCAGUUGACCAACCUGUCCAAGACCUGGUUCAGUGACCUGGUGGAGCUGGAGGUCCUGUACCUAGACAGGAACCAGCUCCUACACAUUGAGGAGGGGGCUUUUGAGAACCUGACCAGCCUGAUCACACUCCACCUGAACAGCAACAACCUCACCACCCUCCCCUUCCCUGUUUUCCAGCCUAUCUACUUCCUGGGCCGCCUUUACCUUUUCAGAAACCCCUGGGAGUGCGACUGCUCCCUUGAGUGGCUGAAGGAGUGGAUGGAAAACUACAAACUGGUGCGGGACAUCCCCUGCGCUUCACCGUCCUCCGUGGCGGGACUGGAUCUCAGUGAGGUGGUCUUCGCCAAGGUGAACAGCACGUGCGUGGACCCCGCUGAUCUCAACCUGACCACAGCCUCCUCAGAGAUUGCCUCCACCACGGAGAACCGCUUCAACAGCCUCAUUUCCAAGCUGCUCCAGCAGGAGCUCAGGGAGGAGAUGGGGAAUGGGACCGAGAGCCUCCGCAAUGGGACCCUGCUUGAGACUGAGGACGGGCAGCUCUCUGCAGGGGUCGCAGGGCAUCGGGUCGGGGCAAGCCAAUCUCUUUUCUGCUUCAUUGUGUUGUGGCUCAUUUUUGGUUUAAAUGGCUAGUCAGAUCCUUAUUUCUGUCUGUACUGCACAUGAGACGAGUGGAGAUGACAUUUGCUUCAUCACAAACAAGAACAAGAUGGGAUAGCUUUUUAAAAAUGCCUAUGAGAUAAAAGAUGGUUUUAUUUAUUCAUGCAAAUAUGGAAGGAAUGUGUUUGCACGUGUUACUGGUGUGAGUCUGCUCUGCCAAACCGAUUUUGGGAUCAUUCUCCUGCUAAAAUGCAAGUGUGGGGAAACUGAAUGUUUCCAGCUAAGAAGGAUGGGUUUACUGUGGUUUAUUUUCACACGAGCUGUUUAUUUAUUAUACUGUUUAUAGAUUAAAUAUUUAUAUGUAUUAAAAAAACAAUCCUGACUUCAUAUGUGAUUAUGCUCUUCCUUCUUCACAAACAAAUCUGUGCAGCUGCAGGAUUCAUCUGUGCAAAUGGAUGAAAAUGUAUAAGCUAACAUCCAGUAUUUUUGUUGCAUAAGAUUUAACUUUAAUUAUUAUGUAAUAUUCAUAGCAUUACAUAGUCUGAUUACUUUUGUUUUUGUAUUUUCAUUCACAUCUAUGUGUAAUGUUAAAGGAGAUAAGAGUUCCUGUAGUUAUCUCCUAAAUACUCUAAAUGUCGGCUCUGCAGCUUUUCCAGAAAUGCAUUCAUCUUUUUAUUGCACACGGCUCCGUGUUGUUGCUGCUUGUGUGUGCUGCAACAUAAAAUGGAGGGACUUUGUUUUUGAUUCUCUCUAUACAGGGAGUGUGGUGGGU